UAAUAUCUGCCAAUACCUUGUAGAAAUACUACUUGUUCUUGCGGGGAGUAUCUAUCCCCUGCUGGGCAGUGCCACCAAUUCCAUUUCUGCCGGCUUUGGUCUGGGGUUUCAGGAGUGUGCAUUUGUAAAUGGAGGCGGGGCGGGCCUGCCCAAGCAAGGAUCAGGACUUUAUUGCAGAGCAGAGUCCAUCAUCAUGCUCAAAUACAAAGUUCAAAUGGUUCCCUUCGCUUUGGUUCUGGCAAGGAAGCAGAGAGCCAGAAUCUUGAUACAUAAACCAGACUGUGAGCCCGACUCCCCCGCAUCGCCCUCGACCCCAAACUCGACGGUCGCCCCCUUUAAGAGCCUGCUCCGCGGGACUAACUUUCGAACAGGUCCGGGCGCCCCUCCUCGACCUCUGAUUGGUUGCACGCAGCGCACGAGGGCGCGGCGGUCAGCCCGGAACGGUUGGCCGCGCUUCGUGAUUGGCGUUCAAGGCGCCUAUAUAAGGCGCGGGGCGGCCCCACUGCCCUCAGUUUAGCGACCGGACUGGAAACUGGGCUGUAGUGGUGGUUGAGAGCGUCAGCGGGCAGCGUGCGUCACCGGGUCGCCUCUCCUCGGAGCCCUCCGCAGGCCAGGGUGCACCCCGCGGCGGACUUAUCUACGCCCUCCCUUCCCUUCCGGGCUUCCGAACGUUAGCCGGGGCUCACCCGCGUCACCCCGGCGCCAGCCGGGCGAAAGGGAGGCAGGAUGGAGUUCAAGCUGGAGGCGCACCGCAUUGUCAGCAUCUCCCUCGGCAAGAUCUACAACUCGCGAGUCCAGCGCGGCGGCAUCAAGCUGCACAAGAACCUCCUGGUCUCGCUGGUGCUGCGCAGCGCCCGCCAGGUCUACCUGAGUGACCCGUGCCCCGGCCUCUACCUGGCGGGUCCCGCGGGGAGUCCGACGCCGCAGCCCGGGGAGCCGGCGGCCCAGCCACCUGCGGGUUGGGGAGAGCCGCCCGGCGGGGCCGGGCGGGGGCCACGCGGGCUGCCCGGCGCCCUGCUCGACCCCGCUGAAGAAGCCACGCCGGGACGGAGGAGAGGAGGACGCGGAGGAGGAGAUGGAGACCGGGAACGUGGCGAACCUCAUCAACAUCUUCGGUUCCAGCUUCUCCGGACUCUUGCGGAAAAGCCCCGGGGGCGGCCGGGAAGAGGAGGAGGCGGAGGAGAGCGGUCCGGAAGCCGCGGAGCCCGGGCAGAUCUGCUGCGAUAAGCCCGUGCUGAGAGACAUUAACCCCUGGAGCACAGCCAUCGUGGCCUUCUGAGGCCCGGCCCGUGCGGGUGGAGGGUGAGCAGCGGGCGUCCCCGAAGUGGGGGCCGGGCCUCUGCCGGCUGCGAGGACGCCCCAGAGACCGCUGGCGCCGAGCGCGCCGGGGAGACCGGUUGCUGCCGGGCGGCAUCCACUGCCCCGGGCUGGGAAGCCCCGCUGUGCCCCGCGGCUCGCGAGUCUCCGCUCGGGACCGGAGCUGGGGGCUCCUAGAAAGAGGACGAUCGUUAACUUUGUGUAUGUGUGUCUGUGUUUCUGUGAGUUUGUCCUGUUGAAUCGAGACUAUUUUGUCCUUCUGGAAUGCACCACCCUUUCCCCGGGCUUAAGACUUCUGGGGCAGACAGGGACUUUCCUUUGCCGGCCGCGCAGAGACGGAAGCGGCAGAAAGAUUGGAGGCCUGGGAGUUCCCCAUUCGUUUUCGGGGGAGGGAGGGACUUUACACACACGCCUCAAAUGAAAGCUAGAGCCGCGCCCGGCCUAUGGCGUUUCCUCCCAGGCUUUCUUCAGACCCGGGGGAUGUAGUUUGCAGUAGAGAUGUGUAUUAUUUCUCUCUCUCUCCAUCAUUCUCUAGCACAGAAGAGAUGUUUAUACCCUAUGAUUACUCUGGGAAAGAGGAGUAUUAAGGGACCGUGGCUUCCCCACAGGGGAAAAAAGCUUGAUGAACUUCACAGAAGAGUUCAAGCUUGGAAAUAUGGAGUUUAUAGAGAAAAGUUAUAUUUUUAAAAGCUCUAGCUCAGAACUACUAAACAGUGCUUUUAAAAAGUGUUUAAUGAAACAAAGUUUACAGACAGAAGCCCUAAGUGGAAAGACCUUAUGGUUUUGUAGAUAUGGUGACUCCAGUCUUUGUUGUAUAAAGGUUGGGGAAGCUGAUAAGGUUUUGUACAGUAUUUUCUCCUUCGUUGUAUUGAAUUUUGUAUAAAAAUGUAACUUUACGUGUCCAACACGUAUUAAAUAUUUUGAAGCAACUUCA